AUGGUCUCUUCCACCUCCACCUCCACCUCCACCUCCACCUCCACCUCCACCUCCACCUCGGGUCCGCAACGGAUAGCGAGGACCCGCACCCGCCACAGUUCGAUCAGCUCGUCGCCGAGCUCGUGGUCUCUGCUGCGUUGGACCACGACCCUCACCGCCUCACUCCUUUCGUUUCCCUCCUCGACCCACGCACAGCAACAGAGCACUUCCACCCCGGCCUUGCCCCAGAUCGACUACUCCGCAUUAGGCACAGUCGGCGUCGUCGGAUCGUUCGCGGGCUUGCAGUUCUACAACUCGAGUCAACCUGUACCGACCUACUCGGAGGCGGUCUCGACCUUGGUCGCUCGCGAUCCGUCCGGAACCUUCACCAAGCUCGGCGAGACCAAUUCGAACGGAUCCAUUCAGGCCUUGUGUCAAACGACCUUGGCGGAUGGGAGGAACGUCCUCUUUCUCGGAGGCCAAUUCACCACGAUCGGCGGUCUGACGACGAGCAAUAUCGCCGUUUACGACUCGUCGACAAACACCUUUUCGGCUCUCGCUCAGGGUUUACAACCCAUCGUGACCGCUUUGGCGUGCAAUUCCACUCUCGUCAUUGCAGGAGGCACGUUCCAAACACCCGUCGGAGCCGCGACUACGGCAGGGUUCGCAGGUCACGUCGCGCAAUGGUCCAUCCCCGACCAAUCGUGGGCACCGCCACCGUUCGCGGGCCUCGAUGGGCCGAUCGAGACCGUCGUUCCUAGCACCGACGGCAAGAGUAUCUUCUUCGGUGGCAGCUUCAACACGACCUAUUCGACCGUCACCAAAGGCUCGGGUCCGCUGUCCAACUUGACGAAUACGACGGCGGCGUCAAACGCAACGACGUUCGCCUCGCUCGGAUCGUCACUCGUGCCCAUCUCGCUCAACCAAUCCGAUUACACGGCCAGUCCGACAACCUAUACCAAUGGUUUUGGCAAACCGGAGAAUAUCUUUUGUCCUCGGCAUGGGGAUGGGGUAGGGGCCAGUUGGUUGCUCGUCGAUGGGAUGGUCGGGUUCUUCAUCGUUCGAACGUACAGGCCUUUACGGGCAAGGGGGAUCCGGUUAGGGAACACGUUCUAUGGUGGACGAGGGACCAAGACCUUCAGGUACGUUGGUCAAGCGCGUGCAUGAGCUUAUUUCGGUGAAGGGCUGACCCUUUCCUUUACCUUGCCAUCUCGUAGUCUCGUCUCGAUCCCGAACAACGAGGUGUUGACCUUGACGUACGCCAGCGAUCCUCGGAACGCCAGCUCGGCACUCAGGACGUGCUCGACCAGUUGUCCGCUUGCGCAUGACACGGAGGUCCCUUAUCAAGACUUCCUCUUCACCGUCGGCGCGAAUUUGACUGGCUUCCAGCUCAACCUGCUCGAAUUCUAUGGCCCCGGCGCUGGAUUGCAUUUGCUCCAAUUGCUGAGCGAUGGUGCGUUCGCCUAUGCCGUCGAGAGUCAAAACGCCGUCACGUGCACUUCGGGGCUCGGUGCAUCGCAGGGGAGCACGGUCUUGACGACGGGGGUGUGGAACGAGACCAAGCUCGUCUCUUCCGAAAUCGCGGGAACGACGUCCGACGUCCUGGUCUCGGUUAUCAAUGCGGGAACGAAAAAGUACCAAUCGCCGACCAUCACGUGGAAACCUUAUGUUGCGCAGACGGGCGAGUACUCGAUCUACCUCGAUACGCCCGGGUGUCAGGCCCAGGGCAACUGUGCGCAACGCUUAGGCGCCGUUGGCGUUUACGUCUCCCCCUUUGGCUUCAACGUCACGGCCAACACGAACUACACCAAUGGCGUCAUCAAGACCGAGGUCGACCAGACGAACGCCCAGGACGCCCAGGUCUUGAUCUACCGAGGCCCCUUGCUUGCCAGUGCGCUCUCCAACACCUCACUCGAAGUAACGAUCUGUUUAGGCGACAUGGGUGCGCCGACGAACGGCUCGACGUACGACCUCGUCGCCAACUUGGUCACGCUCGUCGCUGCUUCGACGGAUGGGAACGCUUCGGCAUUGUCGACGACGGUGUUGACGCCUUCGUAUGGGUUGUACGAAUACGUCGUUGGCACCGGGCCAGGCGCGUUCGGGGAUGCCGUUUUGGCGAACGAGACGCAGUCGAACGCGACCUCGACGUUGACGACGAAUGCGACGAUCGUCGAUCAAAUCGCUUCCCGUCUUGACGCCGGUGCGGUUGUCAAUGCCAUCGUAUCCGUGGGUACGGCCGACACGGCUCGUUUGUUCCUCGGUGGUAAGUUCACGUUCAGCAACGCGACGACCAACACGACGAACCUCACUUCGGCGAACGUGAUCGAGUACACCAAGACGAGCGGGAUCGUCGCUGCUCCGAAUGGAGGUCUUGACGGCGUCGUCACGUCUUUGCUCGAGUUGAAUGGCGUACUGUACGCUGCUGGGACGUUCAACCAGACGACCGAUGGGAAGGUCAAGAGUCUGCAAGGGCUUGCUCAGUGGGCGUACACGAGCACGUCGACGACGUGGGCCGCUAUUGGCACUUCGUUGCCUUCGUCGUUCUCGGCGACGAUCACCCAGCUCGCGACCAUCAGGGACUCGACGACGAACACGACCGAGAUCGUGCUCAUCGGUCCUUCCGGAAUCGCCACUCUCAACCCUUCGUCUGGUGUCGUCAACUCGACCGGAGUUGGACUGGUCGUCGGAUCCGUUUCGGCUUACGCUCCUCCGAGUUUUGCGUCCAACCCGAAUGGCACGACUUAUUUCGCUGGUUCGCUCCUCGCUGUCACGGAUGAGACCUCGCCGAGUGGAUCAUUCCUAACCCGUGGAAGCGGAGAAAGUCCCGAAUUGGUUCCUUUCGAUUACUCCUUCACGGAUGCGAGCCCGACCAAUUCGGCGAGCACCAACGCUUCGACAACGACGCAAGCCGCGCGUUUGCGUCGAAGCACUUCCCGAGACCUCGUGGCCAUGGCCGCUUCGCUCCUCACUUCCAGGGCCGUCGCCGACGUCGUCACUUCCUUGCCUGCCGAUUUAUCCGGUCUCAGUUCGUCGUCGACUGCGAACCGAGUCGUCGCUGGUGCGUUCUGGCAGAACGGCUCGACGCAAUACACCGUCCUGGGAGGGCAUUUCACCACCUCUAGCGGAGCCGUCAAUCUGGGGUUGUACAACGCCAAGGACAAAACCUUUGCUCCCAUACCCGGUUUGACCGUCGAGGGGACCGUAGGCGCUUUGGAAGUGGUCGGUAAUGUCUUGUGGGUUGGGGGUAAUCUAAGUACGGGCGCGACGAGUACGGUGGCGUCGAGACAGGGGUUGGUGUCGUAUCAGCUCAAGUCGCAGGUGGUGUUGGAUCAGCCGCCGGCUUUGACGGGUAUGUUUGGGUUCUUAUGUCGUUGUCCCUAGUUCAUUUGUGGACGCUAAUGAAUGGUUAUAUUGGGCCACAGGUUACGCCGGUCAAGUUCCGCUCGUGCGCUCCAUCACGCAACGACCCGGCUUCGCGUCCCAGGUCAUCGUCGCCGGUGCCUUCGCCUCGGCAGGUGCUGUCCCUUCGUGCCAGUCCAUCUGCUCGUGGGAUACGACGACCCUCCAAUGGACGCCCCUUUCGGGAGGUCUCCAAGGCAUCGUCGGCUCGGUCGCUUUCGCCGGCGACAAGGCCGAGUUCCUCUACGCCGGCGGGGACUUUGUCCUCAAUGGGGCAACGACCUAUUUCGCUCAAUGGACCUUCACCAACUCGUCUUGGUCAGCGAUUGGGUCGAGUCUCCCCGGUCCGGUCACGGCGGUCUCGACCGACGAUUACAAUCAGAACAAGGUCUUCGUCGCUGGAUCCAUCUCUUCGACUGGGGCACCUUACCUCUGGUACUACGACGGUACAACCUGGACCGACAUUAACAACGGUACGAUCUCGGCCCCGUCCUCCGGCCAAAGUGGGAUCCAACAACUCGUCUUCCUCCCCCUUUCGCAAGCCCAUUCAGCGAACAGUAUCGUCGAGUCGAACCGCAUGUUGCUCGUCUCCGGUGCGAUGAGCAUCAACAACACCCUCAUCGCUUCCGCCUUGUACGACGGCGCCAAAUGGUACCCUUACCUCCUUGCCACGGCCAGUACAGGCGGUGGGGGAUCGAUCGCGCAGUUGUUUUAUUCGUUGACGUCGUUCUCGCUCGCGAUGGCGCAUCAUUUGAGCGUCGGACUCGUCAUCCUCAUCUCGAUCGCGAUCGCGUUGGGAGUCGUCUUCCUCCUCGUUUUGAUUGGGUUGUUGAUCGCGCUCGCUAGAAGAAGGGAGGGAGAACGUCCGAACCAAUUGCACGACGAGGACGUCUCGGCCGAAUCCGUCAAACGAUCCGGAGCCACCGCAGGAGGAGGAGGAGGAGGACUUCGUCGUCCGACGGACCUCCUCGCGACCGUUGGAGCAGCCACCGCCGUUCUCCUUGAUUCCUCGCACGAGAAAUCCCGGUCCGCCGCCCAUGCGACGGGCCAGCAUUCCGACGAUGAUUCACUGAGAGGUGGAAUGGGGGCUGUAGGAGGUGCAGGGGCCUUGUCGUACGAUUCGCAUGGGUACGAUGAAACGGAUGAGCCGUUGGAGGCGGAUUCGACCGCGAGGGCGAGGUAUUCGUUCACGGCCGAACAUCCGGGAGAGUGAGUUGCUGGGCAAAUGUGCGAUUCUUGUUUGUUUUUUUGAAGCGGUCUACUGAUGUGAUGGUGUUCGUCGCCUCGGUACUAGGUUGUCGGUCUCUGCAGGCGAGGACUUGACCGUGCUCGAGAACGGGGAUCCCAACUGGUAAGUCGGAUCUCACCUCAACCUCCGCCCAUUAAGAUGAACUUCAUUUAAUCGAGUCGCUGCGUAUAUCCUUUCCACAGGUUCCUCGUCGCCAACUCGACCGGUCAACGAGGCCUCAUGCCCGCUUCCUAUCUCGCCUAG